AGAACAAAUCUGUCCAACCAACCCCCCCUCCAACAGCAGCAACAAUAUGCUCAACGAGCAGGUGGUUAUCUCAACCUUCCGCCCAACACCAGACACCUCUAGUACUGCAACAGUAGAACCUGCGAUUGCCAUUUACGAUUUGCACACAUACUCCCAAAUUGCCGUCUUCAAACGAUCCACAACUGCUAAGAAUUGCCUUGCAGUAACAGAUUCACAUCUAUUUGCUGCACAAAGCGAUAAGGCAGUUGUGAACAUAUACAGUCGAGAGAAAGGAAAUUUAGAGACUACAGUUCCCUUCAAAGAAAGAUUUACUGUUCUUGAGGCUGGCAGUAAGGAAAUUGUUGCUGGAGGAACUGAAGAUGGAAGACUGAUGCUUUGGGAGGUUUGUUCGAAAUGCUUUCUGGGCCGGAGAGAAUUCUAAUGAGAAUAGACUGCUACAGGGCGAUAUAUAUCUACUCAACAGGCUCACCUCCAGAAAGUUACCAGCAUAGUCUUUGACUGCUCUUCGAACUUUGUUAUCACUGGCUCUGCCGAUAGUAAUGUGUAUGUCUGGUCGAUACCUGCUCUCCUCGACAUACGAACUGGCGAACGCUCGCCUUUACAUAUUCUGGAUCGACACACUCGAGAGAUUACAGCGCUUGCUACCGGGAGAGCGGCAGCUGGUGGGCCUUCCGAUAUUCUACUCACGGCCUCCCGGGAUCAGUCUGUUGCCGCCUGGGACUUCCACACCGGCACACAUCUGCGAACUUACAUCUUUUCUUCGAUUCCGACGUGUCUUGCCACUGACCCCGUAGAUCGAGCAUUUUACGCGGGGCUGGAAGAUGGAGGAAUACAAUGUGUGGACUUCUUCAACCCAACCGGUGGUGUGGAUGAUACUGCCUCAAAUCCGCUAUUCACCACAGGAUUUAGGGACAUACCCGUUACAUUGCCUGAGAAGCGUUGGAUUGCUUCUGGCACUGGAGGUAUCAUAACCGCUCUAGACGUAGUUUUUGAAGGAAACUAUGUUGUUUCGGGGAACGAGAACGGAGAUGUUUGCGUCUGGGACGUUGCGACGGGCCAUAUGUUUCGGAGUCUUGUUAAAUUCAAAGGUACCGCUCAGACUCCGUAAACACUAAGAUUCAGGGGAAUGUGCUCAUAGUUACUAGCAAGUAUCGCGAGUUUGAAAAUCCUUCCUCCAACCGGCUUCAUGCCUGUGCAUCCAGAAAUUUCGGAGCAGAAACAUCAGCAAACCAACAUAUCAAAGCCUCGCUAUGAUGCCAUUGCAUCAUCCUCGACUCCCGACCUCUGCGGAUAUGCUGCCUCAACAAAAUUGCUUACACCCUCUCUUCCCGGGGUGGUUACCUCCCCAUUGGCGUCCACGCCAGUCAACUUGUCAAGUUCAUUUUCGCCAGAGAGCGACCUACGUACACUACAGCAACAGGCAGAUGAGAUGGCGGCUUAUAGGCCUACGUUGGCACCAAAACACAAGACCGAAGCGCUAGAGGCCGAACUUAGGAUCCUAUAUGAACAAUAUGACAGGCUAGCAACGUUGCACAAUAUGACAUGGGAGGGCAUAGUGAAAGAGAGCCUGGAGUAAAUUCUUUCGUUCGAAAGGCAUCGGCAAUUAGGUCUGCCAGGAUACCAUAGCUGUAAGAUAUAUUUCUCGAAAAGUUUUUUUACACCAAAUUACAGACAUUUGCCACCUU